GCUCGAUGGAUCGUUUCGUCGUGCCCCUUUCUGUUCUCUUCUUUGCUUGGGCCCUUGCUAUUUGGCUGUUCUAGACCGAUCUCUAUUAUCUAGCUGCCUUUGUCAAAUUGCCCUUCGCUCUCCUACGGGAGUGCUACCCAUACCGAGCAUGCAGGACAAUCUGAUCCGUGCGGAAGAGACGUAUGACGAAGAACGGUUGUGUCUAGAUAUGAAAGGUCACGGGAGCAUGAUUACGGGUACCAUGGUCUGGCGGGACCCGUGGGAUUCGAGCGGAUGGGAAGUGUCGAGUCAUUUGCUUGAGAUUGGAGCUGGGUGAUUCGGGGUUGCGAAGACCUCUUUCGGUCUACAAAUUUCUGGCGUGCACAGCGCGGAAGGAGGCCGUUGUUCAAGUUGACUAGCUAAUUAUGAUUCGGGCUGCUACAGUGAGC